AUAGACUGAGAAGGGGGCAAGCGGACAUCUUGUUACACCCACCGGCAGUUUUGCAUUUCACAGCUCCUCUCUCCGCGCUCAGGACCUAAAAGCGGCACGGUGUCCGGUGACAUCAUCAAUCGGUGCCCGAAAACCGGAGAGGAGAGAGCGGUGUCGUCAUCAGCGCUGCGCCGGGAAGACUGCUGUCUGCAGGAGGAGAGACACAGAGAAAGACUGGGGGGCCCCAAAUCUGGGGGCUGAAGGGGCCACUGCUGUGUGAGACCGGUGUGAGACAGAUGGAAACAUGACCACUCUCACCCGACAAGACUUAAACUUUGGGCAAGUGGUGGCGGACAUCCUAUGCGAGUUCCUGGAGGUGGCUGUGCACCUGAUCCUCUAUGUCAGAGAGGUCUAUCCGACUGGAAUCUUCCAGAAGAGGAAGAAGUAUAAUGUCCCAGUUCAGAUGUCGUGUCAUCCUGAGCUGAAUCGCUACAUCCAGGACACGCUGCACUGUGUUAAACCCCUGAUAGAGAAGAAUGAUGUGGAAAAGGUUGUUCUGGUCAUCCUGAAUAAAGAGCACCACCCGGUGGAGAGAUUUGUUUUUGAAAUGGCACAGCCUCCGCUCCUUUCCAUCAGUUCCGACUCCCUUCUGUCUCACGUAGAGCAACUGCUGAGGGCGUUUAUUCUGAAGAUCAGCGUCUGUGAUGCCGUGCUAGAUAACAAUCCGCCAGGCUGUACGUUUACUAUAUUGGUCCAUACACGGGAAGCAGCCACAAAGAAUAUGGAAAAAAUUCAAGUUAUAAAGGAUUUCCCUUGGAUCCUGGCUGAUGAGCAGGAUGUACACAUGCAGGAACCUCGGCUCAUACCACUGAAGACCAUGACCUCCGAUAUAUUGAAGAUGCAGCUUUAUGUAGAAGAAAGAGCACAGAAAUGCACUUGACAUCCGACUCUGCGACUCACCUACAGCUAAGCCCCCACCGACAUCAUUAUUUCCUGAAGAUGAUAAAGGCUCUGUGAUUGGCUGAAUUCAUAUUUUCAGUCUCCUUUUUAGACGACCCAUCGAUUGUAUACAAGGAACUCAUUUCACAAACUCCAAUCUCGUGUCUCCUUCGUUCUGGAGAGAGGAUCGACAAACUGCUUUUGGUGGAAUUGAUAUAUUUCACAGGAAUGUCCAUUAUGGAGCCAUGUUUAUACCUAUGCUGCAGUGUUUGAGGCUUCCCUGGUUCCUUCCUGCCCCCUUUAUAAACAUGUUCGUGAAAAUUUGAAUUCUGUUUUCAUUUCAUACUAAAUUUAGACCCCAGGGAUUUCAUCACUGGGUCUGUGUACUUCUUUAGGCAUUGCAGGCUGACCAUGGCUGGUGCUGGUUGUUCGGAGCAGUCAUGAUAAUAUCAAAAUGUUUUGAAUCGGCUAGAUGACGCUGGACAUCCUCCGGCCAGGAAACGUGGGGGGCCUCUAUCUGACAUGGUGCGGCUUUUAUUGCACGUUGUUAGAAGCGCACAGUGUGCAGUGAAAUUUAGCGUAAGCAAUUUCAGACCAGGAGAGGAACCUGUACAACUGUGCAAGGCUGGAAGUCCGUUUUUGUUAUAUCUUGCACUAAAGUACACAUAAAAACAUGAUUGUCAGCUUCCAUGCAUUUUGCUGUCUCUGUUUGACCUCAAGCUCUGCCCCGAGCUUCAGAAGAGCUGUUUUCAUGAUCUGCAGCAUGUGAAAAAUCGAAUCUGCUGAUUUGUAUACUGUUACAAAAGAAAAAUUCAAGGCUUGCUGCAGGGUGAAAUAGAAGAAUAAUUUCUAUGUUAAGUUACAAACUAUCUUUAUGUUUUAACAAAAUUGAAUUGUCCAUGAAACUUUGGAACUUGUCGAUAAAUUGUGAAAAAUCA